AUGACCACAUCUUUCUUCUUUCCGCCAAACCAGCCGAAGAGAGAUGCAGAGGAGCUUGAGAACAAAAGAAAGCUUGAAAUCUUCAUGCUCUCUUUCAAAAAGUAUCCUAUGGUUUUUUGUGCCCGUAGAUUGUGCCUAAUCCACGUCAGCGCUGAGCUUCAAGUUUUCAGGAAAUUCCUAUGGGUUCUAACAGCUCGAAAGUUUGAUAGAUUGGCGAAUACUACAAGAUCGAAAGAAGACUUACAGAUUGCUCAAACGUUUUUCAAUGAAGCUUUGCUCGUUUUGAGGGAGGUUGCUUCUACGGAUCUACUUCGAAUAGUUAAAGAUUUCAGCGAGCUUUCGUCUCCAAAUGAUGUCAGUAAAUUUACAGAUGACUGGUUUGAGGAGGACUAUUUCAAUUAUCGAAAUUCUGGGCUGAAUCGCUGGGUGAACUGGGUUGAUUGCCACUCCGAAAAUCGAGCUAAGCGAAGAGGUCCUUGUGGCAUGUGGAAACUCCUGCACGUCAUGACUAUUUAUGGGCCUGGCCGAUCAAAAGACUUUUCAAAACCUGCUGAGUAUGCGUCAAUGAUGUCAGAUUUUAUUACUGUUCAUUUUCCGUGUGUGGGCUGCCGUAAGGACUUUAUGGAAAGAAUCGGGUUGACAAAGAGCGACUUGCCUAGACGUGAUCCAACUCGUAUAAAAACCAAUAAUGAUUUCAUUAUCUGGCUCUGGAAACUCCACAACGAUGUUAACCAAUCCCUUAUUGAGGACCCCGGCCUCGACAAUAUGCAAUUUGGCGAUGUAAAAGACCACCCGAAGAAAAUUUGGCCAGACAAAACGACCAGUGAGAGUGAUAUUGUCGACAUUUUGAAGAAAGAGUACAGAAUCUAA